CUCCCGACUAGACUGAAAAAUAAUAAUAAAUUAAAAUUUAGUGAUGGCCGUUUUAAAUAUUGUCUUUUAUACAACAUUGUUUAUGAUUACCUCACUAGGUACAGCUCAAGGAAAUAGUAUACCGAUUGAAGUCAAUGAAAAUCAAUGGAUAGUUGAUGCCCAAAAUUGUAUAAGAGAUUCUUUAUCAAAGAUAGAAUUKUAUGGAGUAGAAAAUGAAAAAAUCAAGACGAUUACCAACGAAGCAUUCGAUGCAUUUACAAAGUCCGUCGAAAAUGACUUGUCUAAAAUUAUUAAACAGGUAGAUGAUAUAAAGUCGGAAAAGUUACGGGCAUUAAAAACUCAAUUAUCAAAUUGGUCAGACGCUUUGGAAAGAAUAAAUAAAAUGUCUGAUGUGAUUGAGAAAACACCCGAUAAAGCAAUAGGAAAAUUUUACAUCACCAUCGAUCAUAUAUCAAAAGAAGUUAUUGGAUUUGAUCAAAAUUACAUUUACGAUUCAAUUGAAUCGAAUGAAAUUGUUGAGCAACUCAAAUUGUUACUUAAAAAAUCUGUUACUAAGUUGGUAGAAUAUGCAAAUUCAGUGGAGGAUCAAGUUUCCGGGAUUUCUAAAAUUGAAUGAAGCAACACUUGACUAUCUAUAAUUAUUCUAGUUUAUGAAAAAAUUAGUGUCAAA